AUGUCUAAUACUAAAAGCACUCAAAAGAGAAUAAGUGAAAGUACGGAAGAAACUUUAACUUUGACUACACCCAUCAUAUAUCCUAGUAGAAAAAAAGUAAAAGUUAAUGAACCAAAUAACCAAUUAGAAACUUUUACAACAAUUAUUCAACAAUCAAUUGAAAUAGAUAAUAAUCUUAUUGACAUUAUAAAACAACAUCCCGUAGUCAAUCUACCAAAACUGGGACAAAAUAAACUUCAGGAUCGUUUUCACUUUUCUAAUGAAACUUUAUCUUUUAUAAGACAUAAAAAUCAUCAUAAUCAGAUCACAAAAGCAUUCAUAAAGAUGGCAAAAGAAGAAAGCAGUUCUAAAUGUCUCUAUAUACGUGGAUCUUCUGGUUUAGGAAAGUCGCACAGCUUAUAUUAUCUCGUUUCAGAACUUCGUAUACAACCUGAUUACAGAGUAACAUACAUUAAUAGUUGUGAAGAGUGGUGGAUAUCUCAUCAGAUUGAACCAUAUCAAUACCUAAUAAAUGAGCUUCUAUGUACUUUCAAUAAAGAUUUAUUGUCUCCACUUACAAUAACUGAUUGGGCUGAACUUGUGAUUUAUGGUCUUACAACUAAUAUACGUGAAAAAUUGAAUGCCGCUGAUAAAGAUCAACAUAGCAUCAAGUUUAAUAGGUUUAAUGACAUAAAUACUAGGAAAGAUCGCUUUAAAUUAUUCAUUAAUGAAUUAGCAGAUUUUGUUAAACAUGAUUUUUAUUGGGUUUGGAUCUUUGACCAAUGUGAUGCUUUACAUAAACAUGAAGUUCUUAACGAAUAUCCUUUUACAUUGGUAAAUAGUCUUAAUAGAAUUUUAGAAAAUGCUGGUCUUAUUAUUGUUUCAGAAACUUCUAGCAAUGAAAUAUGCCAAUUUAAAUCAUGGAAUAAGUUACAACUAUUUGAUGGUUAUGAUGAUGAAGAGUUCAAUCAAUGGUGUAUAUUACAUGGUUAUGAUGGAAAUGAAGAUCAAUUGAAUUAUGUGAAAUAUUGGACAGGCGCUAAUCCCUUGGAAUUGGAUACAUGGCAUAGUACAGAUGCAGGAGAUUUAAAGAAGAAAGCUAAAAAUGCUAAUCCCUCAGAAUUGGAUAUGUGGGAUUUAAUGAAGAAAACUAAAUACUACUUUGGAAAAAGAGAAUGUGAUAUAACAAGAGAUUACAAAAUUUAUCAAGAAAAUUUGUCAAAAACUAAGAAAAAGAAUCUCAAUCAAUGUGUUGUUUCUAUGAUUCUUCAAACUGAUCCACCUACCAAGAGAGAUGGAAUGAAUCGAAAAUUUAUGCAUGUUGGUAAUAUUACAUUUCAGGAUGUGAAUGAGGAAGAUGAAAAAACAAAAAAAACAAUCAUUGCCAAUUACCCAUUUAUCAGACUAGUCAUGAUUCAUGUCCAUGGUAAAGAAAUUAUUGAUGAUCUUGGAAAAGUUACUUCAACAAUUCUACAAAGUAACAUAUUUAUUAAUAAAAAAAAGGAAAGGAUCGCAUCAUUAUAUAUCACAACAAUAUUAGAUAUUGUAAGAAAAUUUGAGUUCAGAUGUUGGGAAUUUGGAUUUCCAAGUUCAAAUGUAUUUGACAAAAGCAUUGUUUUUGACAAAAUCUUCAGAUUAGUCAAUAAUGAUGUACCUUCUUCCAUGUAUAAUUUCGCAGUGUACAAAAAUGUUCUUUUCAUUCCGGAGUUCCUUAACUAUCCUGGUGUAGAUUUUCUUAUCUGGAAUUCUGAGGAUAAAGUAUUACUUGCAUUUCAAAUUGCUAUAAAUAAGCUUAAUGAUAGAAAAAAUGAAAGUAAUUUUACAAAAGAAAAUAAUGGUCCAUCUUUAAAAAGCAAGUGGGCAAAUCUGUUUAGAAUAAAUGAAUCUAAUAUUUAUUUUAUUUGGAUUACCCGUGAUAACACCAUUAAUAAAGUUACUAAAAGUUCAUCCAAUCAGCUUCAUGUAUCAUUUUCAAGCAUAAAAAAUCAAUUUCCAGCUUUAGCAAAUUUGUAG